AUGCCUAUGUCAAGACCCCUUAUGCAACGUAUUGCUGCUUGGACUCCAAUGAAGCCCUUGACCGACGACGAAUAUGAAAAGAUUCUUCAACAGAAGCUGUUCAAGGUGGAGGUGGAGAUUUCUCUGGUCGACGAUCAGCUGGCUGAACUACGAAGGCUGAGAGCAAAGCAACAAGAACGAGCGGCGUCCGCCAAAGACUCGGACGUGUAA